AAAGAGAUUCUGUAGAACCAAGUGAAACUGCUGAUACUCAAUACGUUUCUCGUGUUAAACAAAAACAAAAACAAAGCAGCCAUUUCUUACAGAUUUACUCAAUACUUUCUAUCUGUGGUUAUUAUACCUCUUAUUCUGUAAUUAGUUUUUAUUAUGAAUUAUUUAUUUCCAGAUCUGUCUGGCCUGUGCAGACCUGUGGGCACUAUAAGGGGGAGUACUGCAUCACCUUUAUCUUUUUAUCCCUUUGGCCUUGCUCCGUGCCUGAAAGGUCACCACACUGGAACGUCCAGGUGCACAUGUGCCACUGGACACCGGGAUGUUGGGGGACACACAUGUUGCCGGAUGCUGGAAAGGUGCACGCAUGCUCUGUUGGACGCUGGAAUGCUGGUGCAUGUGCACAUGUUAUUGGCAUGAGCUGUAGUUCAAACCUCAGCCAUUUGAUGCUUGAAUUCCCAAACCAUUCAUGGAAAUGGAUACUUCUUCCUGCUGGAAUUCUCUCUCUCUCUCUCUCUCUCUCUUUUUUUAACUGAUUGGGGAGUGAGGUGUUGGGGGUGGGUCUUGCUACAUUGCCCAGGCUCAAACUUCUGGGCUCAAAUGAUCCUCCUGUCUCUGCCUCUGCUUCUGCCUCGGCCUCCGGAGUAGCUGGGACUACAGGCCUGAAAUACUGUUUCUUUAAGGAAGUGCAUGUUACCUAUAAUACCAAACCACAAAAGGAUAGCCGCGGUUUUGGGCGAGGAGAGCUCAGAGAGUUUCUUGCACAUGGCCCUGUGGUGGCGGCCAUGGCCCUGCAUAGACACGAGCUGGAAUCUGCAGGUGGCAGCCAGGACGCUGCGUGUGUCGAGUGCACAGUGUGGCUUGGUGCCAACCAUGGCGAGGGUGGAGAGCCCCGUGCCUGCAGCGCGCGCUUCCCUCACCGGGUCCUGCGUCCUUGGGCAGGCGAUGCCCCUGCGGGGAGGGGCUGGUCCAUCCCCGGCCAGCCACGGACCCACGCAUGGACCCAGCGACCCACGGACCUGCUUACCUGGGCGCGGCGCGGGUGGCAUGCGGCCACGCGGAGGGGGCGCGCUGGGCUGCUGCGGCCUCUGCAGCUUCUGCACCUGCCACGGUGCGGCCGGAGAUGAAAUCAUGCACCAGGACAUCGUCCCGCUCUGUGCUGCCGACAUCCAGGACCAGCUGAAGAAGCGCUUUGCUUACCUGUCCGGUGGGCGGGGGCAGGACGGAAGCCCGGUUAUCACUUUCCCUGACUACCCGGCCUUCAGCGAGAUUCCGGACAAGGAGUUCCAGAAUGUCAUGACCUACCUCACCAGCAUCCCCAGGUGUCCGCUGACGCCCGGUGUGGACUCUCAGGUGUCUGCUGACGCAGGUGUGGGCCCUCGGGUGUCCGCCGAAGCCAGGUGUGGGCCCUCGGGUGUCCGCCGAUGCAGGUGUGGGCCCUUGUUCGUCAGAGGGCAGACACCACCACGCAUUCCCUUUCUCCUCCAGGUCAUAAUGCUGAGCUCCGUACCAGACUUACACGGUUACAUCGAUAAGUCGCAGCUGACCGAGGACCUGGGCGGGACCCUGGACUACUGCCACUCCCGGUGGCUGUGCCAGCGCACGGCCAUCGAAAGUUUCGCCCUCAUGGUGAAGCAGACGGCUCAGAUGCUGCAGUCCUUCGGGACCGAGCUGGCCGAAACAGAGCUGCCCAAUGACGUCCAGUCGACAAGCUCAGUGCUGUGUGCGCACACGGAGAAGAAGGACAAGGCGAAGGAGGAUUUGAGGCUGGCACUGAAAGAGGGGCACAGUGUCCUGGAGAGCCUCGGGGAGCUGCAGGCUGAGGGCUCAGAGCCCGGUGUGAACCAGGACCAGCUUGACAACCAGGCCACCGUGCAGAGGCUCCUGGCCCAGCUGAACGAAACCGAGGCUGCCUUCGAUGAGUUCUGGGCGAAGCAUCAGCAGAAACUGGAGCAGUGUCUGCAGCUCCGGCACUUUGAGCAGGGCUUCCGGGAGGUCAAAGCCAUCUUGGACGCAGUGUCCCAGAAGAUAGCAACCUUCACGGACAUCGGCAACAGCCUGGCGCAUGUGGAGCACCUGCUGAAGGACCUGGCCAGCUUCGAGGAGAAAUCGGGCGUGGCCGUGGAGAGGGCCCGGGCCCUGUCUCUGGACGGCGAGCAGCUCAUUGAGAACAAGCACUACGCCGUAGACUCCAUCCGCCCCAAGUGCCAGGAGCUCAGGCACCUCUGUGACCAGUUCUCUGCGGAGAUCGCAAGGAGGAGGGGGCUGCUCAGCAAGUCCCUGGAGCUGCACCGCCGCCUGGAGACGUCCAUGAAGUGGUGUGAUGAAGGGAUUUACCUACUGGCCUCACAACCUGUGGACAAGUGCCAGUCCCAGGACGGCGCAGAGGCUGCUCUCCAGGAAAUCGAGAAGUUUUUGGAGACCGGUGCGGAAAAUAAGAUCCAGGAGCUCAACACAAUUUACAAGGAAUACGAAUCCAUCCUCAACCAAGAUCUCAUGGAGCACGUGCGAAAGGUCUUCCAGAAGCAGGCGAGCAUGGAGGAGGUGUUCCACCGCAGGCAGGCCAGCCUGAGGAAGCUGGCAGCCAGGCAGACGCGGCCCGUGCAGCCGGUGGCCCCCAGACCCGAGGCACUGGCAAAGUCGCCCUGCCCCUCCCCAGGCAUUCGGCGAGGCUCUGAGAACUCCAGCUCCGAGGGCGGCGCGCUCCGGAGAGGGCCCUACCGGAGGGCCAAGAGUGAGAUGAGUGAGAGCCGGCAGGGCCGCGGCUCAGCGGGGGAGGAGGAGGAGAGCCUGGCCAUCCUGCGCAGGCACGUGAUGAGCGAGCUCCUGGACACAGAACGGGCCUACGUGGAGGAGCUGCUGUGCGUCCUGGAGGGCUACGCCGCAGAGAUGGAUAACCCGCUGAUGGCCCACCUCCUGUCAACAGGCCUUCACAACAAGAAGGAUGUUUUGUUUGGAAACAUGGAGGAAAUCUAUCACUUCCACAACAGGAUAUUCCUCAGGGAGCUGGAAAACUACACCGACUGCCCAGAACUGGUUGGAAGAUGCUUUCUGGAGAGGAUGGAGGAUUUCCAGAUCUACGAGAAGUACUGUCAGAACAAGCCCCGCUCCGAGAGCCUGUGGAGACAGUGCUCUGACUGCCCGUUCUUCCAGGAAUGCCAGAGGAAGCUGGACCACAAGCUGAGCCUGGACUCCUACCUGCUGAAGCCAGUGCAGAGGAUCACCAAGUACCAGCUGCUGCUCAAGGAAAUGCUGAAAUACAGCAAGAACUGCGAGGGGGCUGAGGACCUGCAGGAGGCGCUGAGCUCCAUCCUGGGCAUCCUGAAGGCCGUGAACGACUCCAUGCACCUCAUUGCUAUCACCGGCUAUGACGGGAAUCUCGGCGACCUGGGCAAGCUGCUGAUGCAGGGCUCGUUCAGCGUCUGGACCGACCACAAGAGGGGCCACACCAAGGUGAAGGAGCUGGCCAGGUUCAAACCCAUGCAGCGGCACCUGUUCCUGCACGAGAAGGCGGUGCUCUUCUGCAAGAAGCGGGAGGAGAACGGGGAGGGGUAUGAGAAAGCUCCCUCCUACAGCUACAAGCAGUCCUUAAACAUGGCUGCCGUCGGCAUUACGGAGAACGUGAAGGGAGACGCUAAGAAGUUUGAGAUCUGGUACAACGCGCGCGAGGAGGUGUACAUCGUCCAGGCGCCAACUCCUGAGAUUAAAGCCGCAUGGGUGAAUGAAAUUCGGAAAGUGCUGACCAGCCAGCUGCAGGCUUGUCGAGAAGCCAGCCAGCACCGGGCACUGGAGCAGUCGCAGAGCCUGCCCCUGCCGGCCCCGACCAGCACCAGUCCCUCCAGAGGAAACUCAAGGAACAUCAAGAAGCUGGAAGAAAGGAAAACAGACCCCCUGAGCCUGGAGGGAUACGUCAGCUCAGCGCCACUGACAAAGCCCCCCGAAAAGGGCAGAGCUUCUCCUACCAGUCCUGACAAAAAAGCCAAGCGGCAUGAAGUAAAGAGCGACCCGACUCCCUUUGGUGUGCGAGGUUGGAGCAAAACGUCCCACUCACUGGAGGCACCUGAGGACGACGGGGGCUGGUCAAGUGCAGAGGAGCAGAUUAACUCAUCCGACGCAGAGGAGGACGGCGGGUUGGGCCCCAAGAAGCUGGUUCCGGGUAAAUACACGGUCGUGGCGGACCACGAGAAGGGAGGCCCCGAUGCGCUGCUCGUGAGGAGCGGGGACGUGGUGGAGCUGGUGCAGGAGGGCGACGAGGGCCUUUGGUACGUCAGGGACCCGACCACUGGCAAGGAGGGCUGGGUGCCGGCCAGCAGCCUGUCCGUCCAGCUCGGCCCGUCCGGCUCGGCCCAGUGCCUGAGCAGCUCAGAGUCGAGCCCGGGGUCGGCCGUGCUGAGCAACUCGUCCAGCUGCAGCGAGGGCGGCCAGGCCCCCUUCUCCGACCUGCAGGGGUAGCGCCGCGCAGUCUCGGCGCAGGAGACCCGCGCGCUGUCUGGGGCUGCCACUGCGAGGGCUGGCGUGGCGUGGGGAGGGCGCAGUGCCCCCGGACGUCCCGAGGAAGGGGCACCUCAGCGCCCCGACCCAGAGCGCCUGGCCGUGCGGGCUGCAGAGGACCCCUCCAGGGCAGAGGCAGGUUCCACGGAAGACCCCGGCCCGCCGGGGCUUCCUCGGAGACUCCAGAGCCCACGGAGGAGGGGCCGCAGGGAACAGCCCCGGGCAGGAGGCGCCGGGCAGCGGCAUCUCCUCCUGGCUCCACCGUGCUGCUUCUGCCUCUGGACGGUGCUUUCAGGGGACGCGCAGACCGUGGUGGAGCUGCUUCCGGAGAAGUGGAUGAUUCUCUGACCGACGGCCUGAGGAGAGCGGGGCUCGGGGACUCUUUAUCUUUUACAAGUUAUAGGAUUUUUUUUAAGCAGGGAUCAAUCCCGUGGCCAUUUUUUGUGGUACUUUGGCCUCAAUUCUUUACCAGGAAUCACUGUGUUUACAUGAAAUGACAAUUUGAUACUGUAUUUGAUAGAAAACUAUUUUUUUGUUACCGGGGUUUACAUAGAAGCACGUUGUUUAUGCCACUAAAUGACUUUGGGGGACUCUCCCAUGGAAACGGAUGGCACUGCCUGAAGCUCCCUGGUCACAGGUGGAUGAAAACGUGUCCCUGGGUGACAUCAGGUGGUGUCUCCACCACCAAAAGCAGUUAGAAGCCAAGGAGAUUCCUUUAUCUACCUAGGGUUCAUUUUCAAAAGAAAAUUUAAACUAUAAUUUAAACAACCUUCUUUUCUACAAAAAAAAAAAAAUGAAGGGACUUGAUUUUUUUAAAGAGCUUCAGUGAAUUAGGAUAUUUUUAUUGCUUUUAAAGAAAAUACAAAGAUGCAGUUUCUGCAGGGUGUGGUGUGGACCAGCGCUGCCGACCAUAGCUCAGAGAGGCCUGCCCCUGCUUCACUGCACCACAGCCUCCUCGGAGGCCACACCUCCACUCCCCUCCCCACGCGACCCCUGCCUCCCACCCAGGUCCACCUGCCACCUGGUGACCACCUUGAGUGCAGAAGUGAAAGUGGGGAGAGUAUUUUAUUGAAGUCACAGCAGAACUGGAAAAAAACUCUUCUGUUUUACCCUUCUUGUGUUUCAGAAACAUAUUCUGUUCCUUUGAAGCCCUUUCAGUGUCUAGUCUGCAGAUGUUUUUGUAUGUGUGCACCUCUGACCAUGUGUGUACAUAUGUGUCUUGCUGGAAAGGGCAUAUUCGCUGUCCCCAUGCUGCUGGGCAUGCCACCUCACAGCCUCAUGGUUCCCAGCCCCAGCACAGUGGAGGCGGGCAUGGCUGCAUUCCCCUCACACUACCCUCCCAGCGGCUUGCAGCCGUCACUGGCCAGACCUCCAGGGUGCGGAAUCAAAUAGGAAGCAUGCAGAGACUCGGCAGCUUUUCCUCUGAUGUGUAAGUUAUUUGGAACGCGUGCUGUGUCCUGCGAUGUCCCUGAUGUACUGUGCAGGCGCGGUGCCUCCAUCUCGUCGCGCAGCUGCGCGCCCUUGUGUGACCCUCCCCAUAAAGGCACUUUACAGCUUCAUGUUUCAUCCACUGUCACUUUUUUUUAACUGCUGAUGUAAAUGGAAUUUUAAAAGCAGAGUUCUUUAUUGUAUGGAUGACGUUUGAAUAAAUAUCAGCAAUUCCUGCCAUCUGCCUUUGUCCGUCAAGACACAGAACGUCUCAGCGGUUGGGGUUUCCAGGGCUGCAGUGCACUGUGCUUGCACAUGGCAAGUCAUUGUUGAGACGGAAAAGAAGCCGGCAGUGAGCAGGGCCCAGCGUGCGGCUCAGGCACCGAGCAGCCCCUUUGCUUUCUUCUGUCAGACAGCGAUGAUGACAAAAUAGCAACAAGGUUGUGCGUGUCAGAAACGCAAAGGCAGCAGAGAAAGCGUAGAGGAACCAUUACAGAAUCACAACGCAGCCAACACGCUCCAGACCAGAAAAGGGAGCAUAAAGAAAGGGUAUUGAUCCAAUAGAAGAAGGGAAGGGUGGAGAAAGGGGAAAGCAUGGUUAACAGGAAACAACAUGUGACGGAAGAGACAGCCCAGAUGUGUCUGACUCACAGCAGAUGUGAUCAUGUUACGCUGGCCUCCUGGGAGAGCAUCGGAUCGGACGUGACAAGUCACUGCUUAGAGACCAUCAAGCAAAAUUAUAUAUAGAUUGAAGAUUUAAAAUAAAAGAAGAUAGAACAGACAAACACUAACCAUAAGAAAGCUGGUGUCGCAGUAUCGAUGACCUGAAAUGGAAUUUAGGACAGUUCGUAGAGUAAAGCGGGCUGCGUGGCAAUCAGGAACUCACAAGCCACUGACUGUAAAGCUCAAAACACAGCAAAGUUGGCAGUCGGCAGACAGCAGUGUUGACUGUCACGAAAAGUGAUCCCUGUUUGUCCCUAAACAUAGAGAAAUCUGCAUUAUUUUCCAACACACAUGGAGCACAAACAAAAUAUUUACAAAACAAUGGGAAGAUCAUGGAAACAGUGUUUGGCAAUUUAAAAGCUUGUUUCUAACUCAUGGGAUGCAGGGAGUCUGCUCUCUAGAACUGGACAGAGUGCACAGAGCCACAAGAGGGAACAGCCAUGGCCAGCUCAGAUUGGCGUCGACAGCUCAGUGGUGUCUGAUUUUAUACAUGACAAAAUAAACGAGUUAACCAUUUAAGCCAAAAAAUAAGACCAGCGUAACCCAAAGAAAGUAUUUAAAUACUUCUGUCAAUUAGGACAAUUCAGAAAAGAGAAUAACAAAAUCAAAAGCAAAACUCAAACUUUGUACCUGAAAAAUCUAAUAAAACUGACUAAUUUAUAGAAAACCUAAGAAACUCCAUAUCAAAUAAAAAAUUUUAAGUAUGA